AUGAGCGGUUCAUCUGAUGCCACCAUACACCAUAAAGACAUCUUCCAUUAUCAUUUGGCUCUUCGAAACUUUUUUCAGGUCUCAGAAAUCAAGCAUGAUCGUUCCAACUCGCCAAGAGCUCAGAAAGCCAGGGCAAAGCUUUUAAAACUUUCCGCGUCUCAAUUUUAUGAGCUUAGUACCGAUGUUUAUGAUGAAUUACAGAGGCGGCUUGACACUGAUCAAGGACGAGCAGAAUACUUGCUGCCAAAAGCUGGCUUCCAUAUCAAGCGAAACCAAGCUAGACAGAAAUUGGCCAACCUGUCGCAGACAAGGUUCAAUGAUCUUGUGGAUGAUAUUCUAUUCGAAAUAAAACGAAGAGGGUAUGAUGUGAAUCCAAAAGCGGCGGAAGAGUCCAAUAAUGUAAGAUACGAACACGAACCAAAUGCAUAUGAUAGAAGUUUCAUGGAUAAUGCCAGUCUCUCCAACGGAAACACGAUAAAUACAUCAGAUGGCUCAAUGAUCCAGGCUCCGGCUACUGCCACCAUCCAAGCAUCGCAGGUGAUCCCUAAGAAGGCGUCAAUCGAUUGGUCAUCAGAAGAAGAAGAUGAUAAAAAACCAGACGACGAGCCAUCAGACGAAACUGCUGAAGGUAAAGAACCUAUUCCGAAUGAGAGAAAUUCUACGACGGGCGAAAAGAUUGGUUCCGAUAGUAGUCUUCUAAGUCAUCCCAAUCCUUCCACUCCAGUCUUGAAAUCCUUUACCGACAAUUACCAUUAUUCUGAUUUGCAUGAAACCCCUGCUAAUACAAGACCUCAAGAUGACAUCAAUAGCGAGAUUACCGACAUGGUCCACACAAGCGGCGCUGCCGCUCGCACGGAGAAUGAAGCUUCCGGAGAUCCUUCAAAGGCUUUACAGGAGCAAACUGAUGCCCUGACAGAGGCUAAUCAGCGCCUCACGGCGGAGCUGGCUCAAAAGGAGGCUGAGAUUGUGAAACUUGAGGAGGAAAAUAAAGAGCUUAAAUCAACUCCAGCGGGCAGCAGAAGUAUUGCAAAUAUCUCUAGUAGCACUAACCUUCAAAAGGAGCUAGCUUGCUUAAGCUCUCAGGUCAGCUCAUUGUCCAUCGAAAACGAAAAGCUCAAGCAGCGAAUCUCAGAAUUGGAGCUCAAGGCAAAACGUACUGAUAUAAACAAGGCUACCGAUCAAGGAAGAAAUAUAGAGGGCUUUCAAAACAAAUAUUCGUUAGAUCCUCAAUCAAUCUCAAAGUAUAUUAGCGAAGAUGGUUCGGUUCCCUUUGAACUGAUCAAAGAGAUUUAUGACCAAAUUAACCUACUUUUCGUCAGAAUCCAAUCAGAGAGAGAUGAUGAUGGGAAAUAUUUAUUUGAAGUUUUGGCUCACGUAUCAGACGCGAUUCAUCAAAUGUUAAUUCUGGUUGAUGUCCCACAGUUUAAGGAUGAAGUUAUUCUUUUGAAAGCCUCUUUCUCUCAUGCAGUGACUGCAGUGAGAUAUCACGCCGUUUACCAUUCUAUGCUGCCGAAAAUUACGGUUCAGGCUGCCAUUUCCGAGUUGGCAUUCGCCAUCUGUAACUUAGUUGACUCGAGUAAAAUCAAGCUAGAUGAGCCGGAUGAUGAAGUUGCCAGAUCAGAACUGUCCAAGGAAGCUGGCUUGAACGUCAGCACCGCGGCUCCCCAUACCCCGAUAGAGCCUGCAUUCGGCCCUCGGCUCUCGCAACAAGUUCUGAAUAAACCUACCAACGUUUUGACGGCGUGCGAGGAUACCAUUGAUGAAAUGUCUCCUGUAAAACCAUUGAAGAUAACACAAAAGGCGAAUAUGAGCCCCGACACUAAACUAAAGCCUUCAAGUUCGCGAAAACUCUCCGGGAGUUUGUUGUUUUCCUCUAUGAUUGAGACAAAAUCACCAUUGUCCUCCCGUUCGAGUAAAGCUUAUGUCAGACAACCGCAAGUCCUAGCAGAUGGGACAGGCGAGGAAGACCCCAAAAAAACUGUACGUCUCGAUUCCAAUACUAAACACAGCGACUACUCUGCCGAGAGGGAAGCCCAAGUGCAUCAGAUUGCACAGCCACUAACUCCGACUAAGUCGGUUAAUAAUGCCAAUGUCAAAGUUGUUGACGGUACACCAUCUUUGCCUACCCCGGUAACUAAUGUCAAUAGUUCUGCUGAGAAGAGGGAGAAUGAAAAGGAACUGCUCAUUCGGGACGCAGGCGGCAAGAUAGACGAAGCUAGGGUUAUUACAGCCGAACCUUCCGGGACGACAGAAAGCAAAGUCGAUAGUCUAAACAAAAGCUUCGCAGAUAAGCUGAAGAAUUUCGCUAGUAGUAGCGGAAUUGGUUUGAGGGUAGAGAAGCAGCUCGAAGAUAAGGAUGGGCAGGUGCAUGAAGAAGCCAAUGUGCAAGAAAUGACGCCUAGAGGUAAAGUCAUUUCCGGGAAUCAGAUCUCAGACGUCCAAGAAGAUGCUCAAGACCGUCAGUUGGCGCAAAUUUCCAAAAAAAUAGACCGUUCACCGUUAAGACCACCGGAGAGCAACCCCACGCCAUCCAAACUUACAGAAAAAUUCAAAAAGACGUUUGACGACAUGACUGACAAUGAUAUCGAGGAUGACAGCAAAAGCGACUUCAAUGACAGUUCGAACUUCAGCGAUGAUGGCUCAACUUAUAUGGCCUUGAGGCAGUCGUUACGGCAAAGCGACUUUAACAAAGAGGGAGCUCAUACAAUCAAAAAGGCAACAGUUUAUUCACCAAGGGCGCAACGAAAUAACCAAUUUACCGACAGCGAAACAAGAUUUGGUAGCGACACUGAUCUAUCCGAUAUUCAUACUGACAGUUCUCAGGAAAAGCAUGAAUUGAAUGCUAAACAAACGCUUUCUGAGGGAAUCUUACAGAAAAAAUCUGAAAACAAGGAAUCGAAUUCUUCGAACAUGCCUAUCAGCAACAACUUUGAUUUGAAUAAUGUGCAGUAUCAUUCGUCUACUGAGCCUUCAUUCAGUACGGAACUCAAGGCUAAUGCCAUUAAGGAGAAAGAUUUAGACGAGUCAUCGGACUAUCAGUUUAUUCCACUCAGGAAGGAAAAUAUUGAAAAUAAAGCAGCAAACCCGGCAGAGAUCGUCAAUGAACAGCUUGGUGCGCAGGAAGAGGCCGAAGAUGAAGUCGAUUUCGAUUUUGAUGCUUUUGAUAUUGAGAAUCCCGAUAACACGCUCUCUGAACUUUUGCUGUACCUUGAGCAUCAAACUGUUCAGGUCAUUUCAACCAUUCAAUCUCUUCUAAGCUCGAUCAAGCAACCCCAAGCAACAAAGGGCGAUUUGAGAAAGGAAUCUGACGCCAUUAACGAGGUCAUUAGACAGAUGGUUGACGCCACAAGCAUAUCCAUGAAUCAGAGCCGUAACGCUAGCCUAAAAGAACAUGGCUCAUGGGUAGUGAGAAGCUUAGAAGACUGUUCUUUAAGAAUGAUCACCCUAUGUGAACUUAACGUUGAAAGGACGGUUACUGAUAUCAAGAAGGAUGCCGAUUUUGCAGAUAAACAUUUCAAGCAGCGUUUGGCAGGCAUCGCAUUCGAUGUCGCCAAAUGCACGAAAGAAUUGGUGAAGACAGUUGAGGAGGCAAGUUUAAAAGAGGAAAUAGCUUUCCUGAACUCAAGGCUUAAUUAA